AUGACUUCCGCAGACGUGCAUCCAACUGCGACCGACUUGGCUUCCAAGCCUCCCCCGCUCGACCCUGCCUCUCAACCAUCAGCUCAGUCUCCGGACCUGAAACUUGUGUCUGCCUCAGCGCUCGAAUACGUCCAGACUGCGUAUCUUAAUGCCGAAGCAUGGCAAGGCCCUCUCACCCUCGAGCAAUACCUGGAACGCGAAGUCAUCCUUCAGGCAGUCGAUUUGACAAGAGAUGGUCGGAUCACUGGAUGGAUUUUGACCUCUGACUCUUUACCCCCAAACCCCGAUGGUUCGCGGCCCAUCCUUGCCUGUUGCGAGAGCCUUCUGGUUCAAGCCUAUGUGGCAAAAGACGGCGUGCUGAAGAAAACCCAAGCUCAUGGCAUCGCCUCGGUCUACACUCGUCCCGAAUACCGUGGAAAAGGAUACGCUGGCAGAAUGAUGGCGGAAUUGGGAAAAAGAUUGGAGUCGUGGCAGACUGUAUCUGGCGCCACUAAUCCAUUCUCCGUUCUAUACUCUGAUAUCGGCCAGACGUUUUACGCCAGAUUCGGCUGGAAAGUAUUCCCUAGCAACCACAUCCAUCUCCCUCCACUGGACCAAUCAGUGUACAAAUCAGCCAGUUCUAUGUUUCCUGUCGUCGAUGAUUUGACAAUGGAGGAUCUGAAGGAUAUUCCGACUGUUGAGUACCUUGAACAUCGCUUGCGUACGGUAUCCAAGGCUACCCCAGGUAUUAAUCAUGUUUUAAUUCGCCCGGAUGUCGAGCAUUUUGAAUGGCACUUUGCUCGAGAGGAGUUCCAGACCAAGGUCCUGAACAGAGGAUUCCCAAAAGUCAAGGGCGCGAUCCAUCGAGCCAGCGGCCUAGCUCUGAUCUGGUGCCGUAUUUACGCAGCCAAGGAGUCAGAGUGGCAAUUACAUAUCCUUCACACAGUUGUCCCGCCGUCGCUGGAGAAUUCAUUAGACGCCCAACAAGCAAUGUCGGCACUUCUCUUAAGAGCACAGCUUGAGGCACAUGAAUGGGAAAUGGCUGCAGGUGUGGAGGUCUGGGAUCCACUGGAAUUGGUAGUCGCUGCGGCUCAGAGGCUGAGGACGGAAGAGCAGGGCAGAGUGGAGAUCAUCACCCGCGACAAAGAGCAUUUGUGCAGUCUCAGAUGGGCAGCGAAACCAGCCGAUGAAGUCGUUUGGCUUGCCAAGGAGAAAUACGCCUGGUGCUGA